GGCACACGAGAAUCUUGUUACGCAUCCCAGACGUUUUAAUACUGUGGGAUUUUUGAUUUUCUUCGAGGGCUAGCUGCGGUCCGUUUGGAUGGAUUUUCGAUUGGAAGGUACGAGGAGAAUCGUGAAUCUUUUGACCUUAAUGCUGCGAAGUUUGAAAGCGGAGCGAUGCGAUUCUCGGGGGAAAAAUCGCUCUGGCGCUUGAACCCUUUCAAAACAAGGUAAUUACGCGUCAUCUUCACUUUAGCUCGAGAGAUUGCGUGACAAGUCAAGCCUUCGCACUGUGAGCGGCUGGCUUUCGAAGGAAACGUUUUGUCUUCGUUUUUCUGAUGAAAGAGUCAACCUGAAAUAUGAAAUAUUAAUUGAGUUUAAAAAUUAAAGGCCGCAAAGAGAAGUACAAGAAAUAGCGACCGUGCGAGGUUCAUCCAUCAGGAUGAAUUUUGCCAAUGCAUCAACAACGCAUCCACCCAUUACUUUGAGUUUUGGAGACAUCGGAAACACGACUCUGAAUCGUGCUUUGGUAACCAUUACCUGCUUUUUAUCUCUGCUUGGAGCAUCAAUAAUUAUUGCUACAUAUAUCGCAUGGAAGGAUAUGAGGUCGACGUCAAGGAGAAUCUUGGUUUACAUCUCCAUCGCUGACAGUAUCGUGGCCGCAAGUUAUAUCUUUGGCGCAUAUCUACCUCAGAACACGAACUCGGGAGCUUGUACAGCACAGAGUUAUUUAUCCACCACCGCUUGCUUAUGGUCCUACUUAUGGACUCUUUUUAUGGCUAUAUUUUUGUACACAACGAUAGCCAUGCAAAAACCCAGCACGGCUCUAAAGAUGUUUUGGAUGUAUCAUGGCAUAGGAUGGGGAGUGCCUGUGUUUGUCGUGAGCCUUGCUCUGUUUGAAGGUAAGCUGGGGAACGACCGUGACAUUUACAGUUCUGCCUGGUGUUGGAUAAAGGUAGAAGGUAGUGGAAAAAGCGCUGGCCACCACGAUUACAUCAUUUGGAUGCUUGUCACUGGCAAAGCAUGGGAAAUGCUGGUCUUUGUGCUUAUUUUGAUUUUCUAUGGAUUGCUCAAGUGGCAUCUGCGCGAAGAGUUGCACCGUAACGAAAGGCAUAGGAUAAGAAGUAAUGCUCUGGAUGCAGCAAAAAGGGCUGACAAAAGACUAACUUGUGUUCCCGUUAUUUUCCUAAUUCUACGGGCCUGUGGAGUACUUCGCUUCUGUAUUUAUAUAUCUUCAUCAGCAGAGGAGUUGCACUCGGCAGAAACGCGGAAAAUCCAAGAAGUUUUGGUUUAUUUGCAGGGAAUGUGCGAGAGCGGACAAGGAUUAGCCAAUUUUGUAUUUUUCUGCUUGCUUACCAAGAAAUUCCAGGAAAAUUCACGGAGAUUGUUAUACAGACACUGCACAUGUCUUGAGGAGCUCUGGGAAUUCAACACGACCACGGAGCCGACCGACCAGGGUAUUAAUUCAACAUAUGGCUUUAACAUACUUGAUUCAGAUAGCACAGAGAUGAAUGAAACCGCCACGCUAUCUCGGACAUCUUAUUUAAAUUCAAAUUAUCUGGCCAUAACCUAAAGAUGAAGCCCUCUUCUGUCACCGCCAAGAAGAGGCCUGAUCAUCGUCUGACGUGGGCGGGUUGAAGGUUCUACAACCACAACCUGUCCCAGACUCCCUACCUCUAUCUAUCGUCUCAGAGGACUCGUAAACUGUUAAACUUGCCAAAUAUUAUUGUCCGUACCCUGGAAUUUUUUGGAUUACACAGAAGCAGGAGUGGUGUGAGAAAAAGGAUAAUUUCGAGAGUUUUUCAUUAUCUUAGUUUUGAAAAAUGUAGUUAGAACAGGUUAGAAUUUUGAAAUCUAUUUAUGUGGCCGAACAAUUCUUAUAGUGAUGGGGUUUUCCCCAUGAUUGAAUCGUUCUGGCCAAUCAAAUGUGAUAAUCAAGUCUGACUACAAAAUCAGUAGUUGGAGUCGUGACGUGUGAUCUAGUUCGAUGACAUUCUAGUUCGGGGACAAGUUUUUACUAUAAUUAAGUUCAUCAAGACGAUGAAUCAAAACUGAAAUUGAUGUAAUCAAGAAAGUUGUAGAAAAGAAUAGAUUAAAGAAGUUUUACAAACGAAA